AUGGCGCCCGAUUGGGCAUGGUCCCAUGUUACCAAGCUCACUCCUUAUGCUUCCGGCAAAGGAGCUGGGCGUUGGAAAUGUAAUUAUUGUGGUAAAAUGUAUGGCGGUCCGCCGAAACGAAUCAAGGCGCAUCUUGCUAAAGUUUCUGGGCAUGAUAUUGAAGCAUGUAGUGCUUCAAAUGUUCCUCUUCAUGUUCAGAACCAAGCUCGCCGAAUGUUUGUGGAGCAAAUCGCAAAUGCCCCUUUGUCUUUACCUUCUACAGCAAAUCUACAGAAUAGGCAUUUUGAUGGGGCAUCUGCUUCUGGAGCUGGUACACAAAGUGCUAGUCAAUCUCAGCCUAUGAGUGCUUCUAUAGGCCAUGAGGGAUCAUCUAUUGGUCGAAAGCGAAUGCGAGAUGGCAAUAUUGGGGAAAUGUUUGAUGAUGCAAGAAACAUGAACUUAGAUGAUGCGAUAUCAAAGUUCAUUUUCUUGAAUGCUAUACCAUUUAAUGUUGUGAAAAGCCCAUAUUUUCAUGCGAUGAUCGCAGCCGCUUGUAGUGCUGGACCUAGUGCUACAUCGAGGAUUCUUGGUUACAAAAAGCUUCGUACUACUCAGCUCACUCGUCACUAUACUCUAAUCAAGGAGAAGUUAGCCCCUUUUCGUGAUGGAUGGGCUCGGUUUGGAUGUACAAUAGUGACUGAUGGAUGGUCUGAUAUAAAGAGCAGAUCAUUCAUAAAUUUCAUGAUUACCUCUAUCCAUGGCUCAGUAUUUUGGCAGGGUGUUGACACCAAAGGAGAAGAGAAGACUGGUCUUUGGCUUUGGGAGCAACUUAGACCCAUCAUUUUAGAUGUUGGUGUUGAAAAUGUUGUUCAAGUCAUCACUGACAAUGCUUCGAAUUGUGUAUCGAUGGGGGAACAUAUGAGAGAAGAAUUCCCCUUUAUCUUACACAAUCGAUGCGUGUGCCAUGUUUUGGACUUGUUAUUGGAGGAUAUUGGGAAGUUUGAUUGGGUGUCUAAGAUCGUAAAUGACUGUGAGAAGAUCGUGAAGUUCAUAACUGAGAAGCCAAUGUUACUUGCUUUAUUUCGAAAAUUCUGCUCUAGAGAACUCAUGAAGCCUGCGAAGACUCGAUUUGCUUACAUCUUUCUUAUGGUCAGCCAGCUCCAGCAUGAAGAUGUUUUCCCAUGCCUUCGACGAUUCAUAGUGAGUGCAGAAUUUGAAUCGUCAAAGUGGUAUAACACAAAGGAUGCCAAAGAUGUUUGUACAACAAUUUUCAAUGAUGAAUUUUGGAAGAACGCUUCUACUUUAUUGGUUAUGGUAGCUCCUAUUUUGAGCGAAAUUGAGCGAAAUUGGAGUAGUUGGAACUUGAUCCAAACCAAACGACGCAAUCGCUUGCUUCCGGAGAACUUGAAGAAGUUAGUUUAUGUACACAGUAACACCAGAGUGGUGGAUCGUAUUGAAAGUGAAGGAAUGAAGUUCCUAGAGAUUGAUCUCGACACAAUUGCAAUCGAACCACAAUGGAUGAGGAUUGUAGAGAUGCAAGCUAGGCUUGAAUCUCUUGGUAUAGAAGAUUUAGCCGAAGAAGAUCUUCCAAAUGAAGAUGUGAUUGUUGAGGAAGAUGCCGGAGAUGUUGAGGAACUUGCCGAAGAUGUUGAAGAAGAUGAGUAG